UUAUUUUUCACAUAAUUAAAUUGGGCAUUGAGCAGCGUAUCCUCAUUGCAUUACUGACUCGUUUAGAUAUCGGAGAAAAAGUAUAAAAAAAUGUAAAAUCAUGUUGAUGCAGCAAGCAUUUCUGAUAUUUUUGCUUUAUGGCUUAUAUUUUCAUUGCGGUAGUGAGACGCAUAUAGCGGGUAAAGCACCUGACAUCGAGCUGAACGACGGAAAUAAAAUUCCAGUCGUGGCCCUUGGCACCGGCAGAAAAACAGAGGCAGAUGAAUUUCGUCAAGCAGUGCUAUGGGCUAUCGAGGAGGGUUAUCGCCACAUAGACACUGCUGCCCUCUAUGAGAACGAGCCGCAAGUUGGGCGGGGCAUCGCCGACGCCAUUGCCAAAGGCUUGGUUAAGAGGGAUGACUUGUUUAUUACCACUAAGUUAUGGAACGACAGGCACGCCCAAGACCAAGUGGUGCCGGCGCUCCGCGAGUCCCUCGAGAGACUCGGCUUGGACUACGUAGACCUCUACUUGAUACACUGCCCAGUUGCUCAGAAUGCUGACGGGUCGCCCUCGGACAUCGACUACGCAGAGACGUGGAGGGGCAUGGAAGUGGCCAAAACGCUGGGGCUCGCCAAGUCUAUUGGGGUGUCCAACUUCAACAGCUCACAGCUAGAUAGGCUGUUCAAUAAUAGUCAGAUCAAGCCUGCUGUCAAUCAAAUAGAGGUUAACCCAACCAUGACGCAAGUACCCCUAGUGUCUCAUUGUCAUAAACUAGGUAUAGCGGUGAUGGCAUGCAGCCCGUUGGGAUUUCUUGUCUCCCGCGAGAAUAAAAACCCUCCUCCACCCCACAACGACGACCCUAUACUCGUCGCCAUUGCGGACCAAUACGGGAAGAGCACCAGUCAAGUGGUGCUGCGGUAUCUGCUCGAAAGAGGUCUAAUCAUCAUCCCCAGCUCCACGAACCAGAAGCGGCUGGCGCAGAACCUGGACCUGUUCGACUUCAAGCUGACGGCCGAGGAGGUGGCCACCAUAGGACAGUUCAACAAGAACGUUAGGGUCGUUAACGCCACGAUAUUGAAGGAUUUUCCUAACUACCCUUUUGAAAGUUAGUUUUAUUUUAAUUAAUGGAUAACUCGAUUAACGCGCAAUAUUCGGGCUGAAUAAUAAUAAUGUUAAAUAAAAAAGUAAUGUAGUGAUUUGAA